AUGCAAACAAUUAGUUACAGCUACCAAAAGGAGCGUCGUGAGUUCGGGCGACAAUGCAAUUUCACCGAUAAAAGUGAGCUGAUGCUCUCGAUUCCGUCAAAUCGUGAAGUUUUCAAGGACUUUGUCUUACGCAAUCCCGUCGAUCGUGCCACGGAAAUCCGAAAACAGUUCUCGCUGAGUACUUGCAACACGGAAAGUGUCGAAUUUGAGUCGAGAGGUAUUAUGCACACGGAAGGCGGAUGGCCAAAAGACGUGAAUCCGAAGGAUGGCGAGCAAACGGUGCGGUACAAGAGGAAAAUUGAAAAAGAUGAAAAUUAUAUAAAUCAAGUUAUGGCCUUGGGCAAGCAUUUGGAAGGAGCGAUUCAUCAAAAUAAUGCAGUGAAUAUUUAUGAAUUGUACUUUGAUGGCUUGGAGCCUCCGCCGUUGAUGGAAAAGUGUUUCUCAAGGACUGUGAAUGUUUAUCGGGAUCCAUCUGCAGUUAAACGUCCCGUUACUCACAUGUCUUGGUCUCCCGAUAACGGAACAAAACUCGCAAUCGCUUAUUGCGACACAAGCAUCCGCGGCGACAAAACAAACACCACAUCCUACGUUUACGAAGUCGAAAACCCAAAUAAACCUUUGUACGCUCUCACCGCUCCAAGCCCGAGCGUUUGUUUGGAAUACCAUCAAAAGGAAACAAGCUUCCUCAUUAGCGGGCAAUUCAAUGGACAAGUAUCUGCGUGGGAUGUUCGUGCCUCCAAAGAGCCCAUUAUGAUGAGUGAACGUGAAGUUUCGCAUCGCGCGCAAGUGAAUACCGUUUUGUGGGUAAAUUCCAAGAGCGGCACUGAAUUUUUUUCGGGAUCUUCGGAUGGACAAGUCAUUUGGUGGGACAUUCGCAAACCAGAUGAACCCAUGGAAAGUCUUUGUAUGGAUCCGCAAGUCACGAAUGAGCAAGAUAUCAAUCGUUCGUAUGGAAUUUCCGUGUUGGAGUACGAAUGUUCGAUGCCAGCGAGAUUUAUGGCGGGCACGGAACAAGGAAUGCUCUUCGGAUGUAACAGAAAAGGCAAAUGCCCGAUGGAAAAAAUACAAUUGAGGAUGCAAUGUCACACAGGACCCAUUUACUCCUUGGCUCGCAAUCCAUCGUUCGUUAAAAACUUCUUAACAGUUGGUGACUGGGUUGCUCGCAUCUGGAGCGAAGAUUGUCGUGAAAGUUCGAUAAUUUGGACGAGAAAUCACUCUCACAUGUUAACAGCUGGAUGUUGGAGUCCCACGAAAUGUUCUCUCUUCUACAUCAGUCGCAUGGAUGGCAUUUUAGACGCUUGGGAUUUGCUCCAACAGCAAAAUGAUCCAUCAUUGAGUAUCAAAGUAUGUGACGAGCCAAUUCGCUGCUUGAGACCUCACGAUAACGGCAGUUUAAUCUCCGUCGGCGGUUCAAAAGGCGUCACUUAUUUGCUGGAAGUCUCCGAUAAUCUCUCGGAAGUCACAAACAAGAACGACAAGCUGCUAUUGACCGCUAUGCUCGAACGCGAGAACAAACGCGAACGUAUCUUAGAAAGCAAAGUAAAAGAACUUAAGUUGAAACUUCGGGCACAAGAGCGCGAAGCAGAGAUGGCACUUAAAGCGCGUCACAUGGGCAUUACUCUCAAGUCGAGCUCAUCAAAGGCACUGUGCGAACAAGCAGAACACGAAUAUUUAGAUGCGGUUGCAGCUGAAAAACUCGCUCGUGAACGAGAACCACACAAAACUAUGGAUUGGGAAGCAAAAUACUUGAAAAUUGACGAUGAUUAG